AUGGAGCCCGGGGAGAGCGCGGAGGACAGGCCGGCGGCAGGAGCUCUGUCCGCGGCUCAGCGCAGAGCCGAGAUCCGCAGAAGAAAACUGCUCCAGAACUCAGAGGUUCGGAUGCAGAGGAUCGUGGGCCAGAACCAAGAGGUUCGGAUGCAGAGGAUCGUGGGCCAAGCCACGGACCCUGAGCCCGACGUCUCCGUUCGUUCCUCGGAGCCGCGCUUCCACCUGGACCUGGACGGGUCUCAGUCCUGGACCCCCCCACUGUCCCGCCCCUCCCCCAUCCACACAAGCCCCUCCCCUUCAGACACAAGCCCCUCCCACCAACCAGACUGCAGUAAACCUCUGGAGGGCGCCGUGGAGCAGGACCCGAGCGAGGACUAUCGUGGUCCUACUGAGACCAGGACUAUCGUGGUCCUACUGAGACCAGGACUAUCGCGGGAGGGACUCGGUGUGAAGAGGGAGGGACUCGGUGUGAAGAGGAAGGGACUCGGUGUGAAGAGGGAGGGACUCGGUGUGAAGAGGGAGGGACUCGGUGUGGAGAGGGAGGGACUCGGUGUGAAGAGGGCUCGGUGUGAAGAGAGCUACUCGGUGUGA